AUGUCGAGGGUAUUCGCAGAUGUUUCAACGGGGAACUAUACUGGUCCUUUGCGACCGCAAGUUCACUUUUCGCCUCCUGCGGAGUGGAUGAAUGACCCGAAUGGACUUUUAGUGGACGCAAAUGGAACGUAUCAUCUUUACUACCAAUAUAACCCGAUAGGGCUCACACCGGCUAACCAGCACUGGGGCCAUGCGACGAGCAAAGAUUUGUACCAUUGGGAGAACCAAGCCAUUGCGAUUUCCCCUCCUACUUCAGACGUACAGAUCUUCAGCGGAUCCGCCGUCAUCGACGUCAACAACACCUCUGGAUUCUUCCCCAAUCAGACCAACGGUAUCGUCGCCAUCUACACCCUCAACACACCCACAAAGGAAGUCCAAGAGAUCGCAUACUCGACCGACGGUGGCUUCACCUUCACGCCCUUCUCCGGGAACCCAGUCAUCGACGUCAACUCUGGCGCGUUCCGCGAUCCCAAGGUGAUCUGGCACGCCUCCACGAACCUCUGGGUCAUGGCCGUCGCAUACGCGAACGACUUCACCAUCGGCUUCUACACCUCCCCCAACCUCAAAUCCUGGACUCACGCCUCCAACUUCACCGACCCGGCGAUCCCCGGCCCGAAUACGAGUGCCCAAACCUGCUCGGGCGCGCUCCUCCCAGGCCACGCAAACAUGUACCUCCUCCAGAUCAGCACGAACGGCGCGCCCGGCGGCUCGCUCACACACUACAUCCCCGGCACGUUCGACGGCACGACGUUCGUCGCGCUCGCGCCCGCGGCGCCCAUCGACUUCGCGCAGGACAACUACGCGGGGCAGUUCUUCUUUGACACCCCGCGCGGGGACGGCGACCCGGUGUUCAUCGCCUGGGCGGCGAACGGCGCGUACGCCGCGAGCACGCCCACCGCGCAGGAGGGCUGGCGCAGCGCGAUGUCCCUCCCGCGCGCGGUGCACCUCGCCCCCACACGCGGGGGCUUCGCGCUCGUCUCGCGCCCCGCGCGCGCGCUCGCGCCCGUGCUCGGCCCUCUCCUUGCGCGCAACGCGAACCUCGGGCACGGGGAGCUGCUCGUCGACUUCGCGAGGGGGUCCCCAUCGGGCGCGGUCGUCCUCCACGCGGAGAUCGGCGCGGCCGCUCCGGGGAUGAGCUUCGACUUCGCGUUCGCGAGCGCGGCCUCGGGCGAGCGUGUCGGCGGGAGCCUCAACUUCGACAGGGCGGGCGCGGGAGGGGUCGUGCACCUCGAUCGCUCGCAGACGCACGGGUUCGUGAACCCGGGUAUGGGCUUCAACGAGACGUUUGCGGCGGAGGUGGUCCCACAGGCGGGCGGCGGCGCGAGCCUGGAGGUGGUGAUGGACCGGAGCAUGCUGGAGGUGUUCGUCAACGGGGGCUCGAAGAGCGCGACGAUGCUGUUCUUCCCGACGGAACCGUUGACGACGCUGGCAGUGAACGCGAGCGGCGUUCCGGAGGGUGUGGUGGUGAGCGUGGAGGUGUUUGCGCUCGAGAGCGUGUGGGCGAACACUACGGCUGCGGUUUAG